CAUGGAGAUGCUGCCACCACCAAGCAUGAACUUGUGCUUUGUGUCGGAGCAGCUCCAGCCGCCCUCUAUGAAGUUUUCUGAAUGGAAAUUCAAGCUGUUCAAAGUGAGAUCACUUAGCAAACCGCUUCCUGAAGACGGUCACCUGGCUCACAGUGAUAAAGGAAAAGAGGCAGCCUCUCUGGACAAUGUCACCGAGGAGCAGGCUGAUGUGAUUACUUCAGUGUCACAAGAACCUUCUGAAACAGUCACAGAAGUCAACAGCACUGAGCAGGCAAGAGAUAAAAUUGCCUUUCCUGUGAACCAAAGGGAGAUUGAAACUCACCAAACCAAACUGCAGCACCUCUGUCGCAUCUGUGGAGGCUCAUUUAAGACUGACCCUUACAAGCGAAGCCACCCAGUUCAUGGGCCAGUGGAUGAUGAGAUGCAAGCCCUUCUAAGAAAGAAGGAGAAAAGGGCCACAUCCUGGCCAGAUCUUCUUGCUAAGGUUUUCAAGAUAGACGUGAGAGGUGACAUUGACACAAUCCAUCCUACUAAUUUUUGCCACAACUGCUGGAAUGUUGUUCAAAGGAAAUUCAGCAAUUCUCCAUGUGAAGAGUAUUUCCCAAGGAAUGGCACCAUGGAAUGGCAUCCCCAUUCCCCAAGCUGCGAGGUGUGUGGCACUGCCUUCCGUGGGGUCAAAAGAAAGAAGCAAGCCCUGAAUCCACACAUGAGCAAAAAGCUCAGGAUCGCAGCUGGACGUGCUAGAAAAAUAAGGCGCGUAAGGAAUACGAAACGAGUGAACCACAAGGCUUUAAUGAAAAAGAUUGCCAACUGCAACAAGAUACACCUCAGUACCAAGAUCCUUGCUGUAGAUUAUCCUGUGGACUUUGUAAAAUCGAUCUCUUGCCAGAUCUGUGAGCAUAUCUUGGCUGAUCCAGUAGAAACGACAUGUCGGCACUUAUUCUGCAGAGUCUGCAUCCUUAAAUGCCUCAAAGUGAUGGGAAGUUAUUGCCCAGCCUGUCGCUAUCCUUGCUUUCCGACAGAUCUGGUGAGCCCUAUUAAAUCCUUCUUGAGUAUCCUCAACAGUUUGGCUGUGAGAUGUCCAGUGAAAGGGUGUCAUGAGGAGGUCCUCCUGGGAAAAUACUGCCACCAUCUUUCCAUCCACAAAGAGGUAGAAGACAAAGAGGGCUAUGUGUAUGUAAACAAAGGUGGGCGGCCAAGACAACACUUACUUUCAUUGACCCGGAGAGCACAAAAGCACCGCCUAAGAGAACUCAAGCUUCAAGUGAAAGCUUUUGCUGAGAAAGAAGAAGGGGGAGAUGUAAAGUCUGUGUGUCUAACUUUGUUCCUACUGGCUCUGAGAGCGAGAAAUGAACAUAGACAAGCUGAUGAGUUGGAAGCUAUGAUGCAAGGAAAGGGAUCAGGCCUUCACCCAGCUGUUUGCUUGGCAAUUCGGGUCAACACCUUUCUCAGCUGUAGCCAAUACCAUAAAAUGUACAGAACUGUAAAAGCAAUAACAGGAAGGCAGAUAUUUCAGCCAUUGCAUGCCCUCCGAACUGCUGAAAAGUCUCUCCUCCCAGGUUACCAUCCAUUUGAGUGGAAGCCACCCUUGAAAAAUGUCUCCAGUAACACAGAAGUAGGCAUUAUUGAUGGGCUGUCAGGCAUACAGCAUUUCGUUGAUGACUACCCAGUGGACACAAUUGCCAAGAGAUUUCGAUAUGAUGCAGCUUUGGUUUCUGUCCUGAUGGAUAUGGAAGAAGACAUCAUGGAAGGACUGAAAACUAAGGACUUGGAUGACUAUUUGAAAGGCCCUUUCACCGUGGUGAUUAAAGAGUCCUGUGAUGGAAUGGGAGAUGUCAGUGAAAAGCAUGGCUGUGGCCCACCGGUCCCCGAGAAAGCAGUUCGGUUCUCUUUCACACUCAUGAGCAUCACAGUAGCUCAUGACAAGGGAAGCUCCAAUAUCUUUGAAGAAAGCAAGCCCAAUUCAGAACUGUGUUGCAAACCUUUGUGUCUCAUGCUGGCUGACGAAUCAGAUCAUGAGACACUCACAGCCAUACUGAGCCCUCUUGUGGCAGAAAGAGAGGCCAUGAAAAAUAGUGUAUUGAUACUUGAUAUGGCUGGGAUCCCCAGAAUGUUCAAAUUUGUCUUUCGGGGCACUGGAUAUGAUGAAAAGCUUGUCCGUGAAGUAGAGGGCCUUGAAGCCUCUGGCUCGACUUACAUUUGCACACUUUGUGAUACAACACGCCAGGAAGCAUCUCAGAACUUGAUCCUCCAUUCCAUAACGAGAAGUCAUACUGAAAACCUAGAGCGAUAUGAGGUGUGGAGGUCAAACCCUUUCCACGAGACUGUUGAAGAACUACGUGACAGAGUGAAGGGUGUUUCUGCCAAGCCUUUUAUUGAGACGGUUCCUUCGAUAGAUGCAUUGCACUGUGACAUUGGCAACGCAGCUGAGUUUUACAAAAUAUUCCAGUUUGAGAUUGGCGAAGUAUACAAAAACCCUGACGCAUCCAAAGAAGAGAGAAAGAGGUGGCAAUCAACUCUUGAUAAGCUCCUUCGAAAGAAAAUGAACUUAAAGCCCAUGACAAGGAUGAAUGGGAAUUUUGCAAGAAAGCUCAUGACCAAAGAGACUGUGGAAGCAGUAUGUGAAUUAAUAAAGUGUGACGAGAGACAGGAAGCCCUUAGAGAACUCAUGGACCUUUACCUUAAGAUGAAGCCAGUAUGGCGGUCCUCAUGUCCCACCAAGGAAUGCCCAGAACUUGUUUGCCAGUACAGCUUCCACUCUCAACGUUUCGCAGAGUUGCUGUCCACAAAAUUCAGUUACAGAUAUGAGGGAAGGAUCACAAAUUACUUUCAUAAAACGCUUGCUCAUGUUCCUGAAAUUAUCGAAAGAGAUGGCUCCAUUGGUGCUUGGGCAAGUGAGGGCAAUGAAUCUGGGAACAAGCUAUUCAGGCGCUUUCGAAAAAUGAACGCCAGGCAAUCAAAAUGCUAUGAAAUGGAGGAUGUCUUGAAGCACCAUUGGCUGUACACCUCAAAACAUUUGCAGAAGUUCAUGAAUGCUCAUAAUAUGUUGAAAAGCCAGGGGUUCACAUUAAAUCCAGAGCAGAGUAUCGGAGAUUUCAUGACACUGGAAGACUCAUUAGAAAUUACUGAUUCCAUGGAAUUCUAAGCGGAGGGUAAAAUUGCAUUGGUCCUGGAGCUGAACUGCCUUUAGUACAGGCAGACUUGGAAAUAGCAUUGCUGUUUACAAUGAGUGGUCCUGCCUUUGAUGGCAUUUUAUGGUGGGCUGUCCUGGGUAACAUAUUCCAGAAUAUGAUAAUUGUGUUAGUAAACUGGUGUGAAUUACU